GCGCUUCAUGAACGCAAAGGUUCUUAGCUAGCCACGCCGCCAGGCAGCUCAGUCUAAACCGGGACGCCUUACAAGAUAGUCAACAACGCGCGCAAACUGCUGCUUAGUGGCAAAGUAAGUAAGCAGGUAUUCGAUUGAAGCGUCAUCAUUGCCCGAAUCAUUGACCCGCGCGUGCCUUUGGACCGGAGCUCGAGGCCUAUUCUAGACAAACCAAACCCGAUUCAAAGUUCUUGCGCUCCUAGGCUUCUAGGCGUAGAGACGAGUGUGUUAUGCGCAAGUGCAAGGUAAUAAAUUAUAAGCAAACCGACAACCGAUGUCAUGUUGCAGAAGUUGGCCAAGCAAUGGUUCAGGCUAACUUCAGCGAGGUGAUCGUACCGCUUAAGAGCAUAAUCGAAUCGAACGGAACAACGGGUGGUGGAACGAGUACUUGCCUACGAUUCGAGAAUCUCAAUUACACCGUCCGGCAUAAUACGGUUUCGAAAUGUCUACUGCACAAUGUGUCCGGAACGUUCCGAUCGGGGCGACUGGCAGCCAUCGUUGGGCCUUCGGGUGCAGGAAAAUCCUCGCUCAUGAAUGUUCUUAGUGGAUUUCGGAUAAGUGGCGUAACGGGAAAAAUUUUAAUCAACGAAGAACAGGUCGACAGGAGACGAUACCGACGACUUGUAGCCUACAACGAACAGGAUGCAGAUCUGCUACCGAAUAUCACAGUCCGAGAGACUCUAGUCUACACCGCAGAUCUAAAGAUGCCCUCCAGGGUCCCUCGAAUAAAGAAGAUUCAAAUGGUGAACGAGAUCAUAGCGUUGCUGGGGCUUCAAAACUGUUCCGAGAAUCAAACUCGUGUCCUAUCUGGAGGGGAAAGGAAGCGCCUUUCGAUUGGCCAAGAGCUGGUUUCGAAUCCUAAGAUUAUGUUUUUCGAUGAACCAACCAGCGGAUUGGAUAGCGAGUCGUCCUAUCAAGUCAUUUCUUUUUUGAGACAGCUAUCGAGACAGGAUCGAUGCGUUAUCAGUGUCAUACAUCAGCCUAGCUCUGAUUUGUUGGAGCUUUUUGACGAUAUUUACGUUGUAACCGGGGGUCGAUGUUUGUACCAAGGAUCGUUGGCCGACAUGAUACCAACUUUUGCCGACGAGGGAUUGAUCUGCCCUCAGUAUUACAAUCGAGCUGAUUUUGCGAUCAAGAUGGCAUCCAAAACAAACCCGGAGAAGGAAAAAAUUCAAAAACUUAUGAAACGGAUGGAAACAGCAUCACUCACCCACGAUUCAAACACACUCCAAAGUGGACACACCAUGGUUGUGGAGCAGAAAAAUGUUUCACAGUACGCCAUAUCGCAGUGGAAGCAGUUUAGCAUCUUAACGCAUCGAACCCUGCUGGGAACACUGCGUAACUUUACGCUUAUGGUAUUACGCUUUAUCGGUCACAUCAUGGUUGGACUAAUCUUCGGCCUAGUGUACUUUAACGUGGGCAACGAUGGAGCCAAAGUUAUCACGAACAUUGCUUACUUCAUGGCAUCACUGUUGUUUUCCGUUUUCGCCAACUCCAUGACCGUUGUACUUACUUUUCCCAUGGAGAUGGCGGUUUUCAUUCGGGAAUACAAGGGAAACAGCUACUCGACGACGGCCUACUUUUUCUCGAAAAUUGUUGCCGAUUUUCCAUCGAUGCUUGGUGGAAUAACGUUGUUUCAACUCAUCGCCUACUUUAUGUCGGAUCAGCCGGAUGAUUUCAUGAGAAUUCUAAUGUUUUGGUUUAUGAGCUUCACGAUGGCCUGGUUUGCCCAGGUUUACGGAAUGCUUUGUGGAAGUAUCUUCCCAAUCGAAGUGAGUCCGUUCCUGGUGAUUGUGACGCUCAUUCCGUGCAUCCUGUUCAGUGGAUUCUUCAUCCGAUACGAUGAGUUGUCGGUUCUGUUUCAACCGCUCACCUAUUUGUCUCCGUUCCGAUACACGUUCGAGGGUAUGUCCCUGGCAAUUUAUGGAAACAACAGAACAGAUUUGGCCUGUGAUGAAAUGUUCUGUUACUACCGGAAAUCAAAGCGAGUUCUGGAAAUGUUGGACAUGGAAAAAAGCGAAUUUUGGACGGAUGUUCUGGGAAUGCUGAUUAUUAUCGUAACGCUGCAUGUGGCACUUUAUGUUAGUUUGAGGUGUAAGGUCCGGCGAUAGGUUAAAUUUGAUCUGAUAUGAUGCGAGAAGUGACAGUGCAUUUAUAUGAAAUGCAAACUAAUUGUGAUACUACUGUGGUUCAGAGCCACACUACUAACUAUGUAAAGAUGAAUGUGAAAUCGCUUUGAAAUAUAAUGAU